CGAUCAAGUCGCUAACACUAAGUCGUUUGAUUUCCUCUCUCUCACUCUCUCUCUCUCUCUCUCUCUCUCUCUCUCUCUCUCUCUCAAACUCUCUCUCUCUCUCUCAAACUCUCUCUCUCUCUCUCCCUCUCUCUCUCUCUCUCUCUCUCUCUCUCCCUCUCUCUCUCUCUCUCUCUCUCUCUCUCUCUCUCUCUCUCUCUCUCUCUCUCUCUCUCUCUCAAACUCUCUCUCUCUCUCAAACUCUCUCUCAAACUCUCUCUCUCUCAAACUCUCUCUCUCUCAAACUCUCUCUCUCUCUCUCUCAAACUCUCUCUCAAACUCUCUCUCAAACUCUCUCUCAAACUCUCUCUCAAACUCUCUCUCAAACUCUCUCUCAAACUCUCUCAAACUCUCUCAAACUCUCUCUCUCUCUCUCUCUCAUACUCCCUCUCUCUCUCUCUCUCUCUCCUCUCUCUGUGUUUGUGUGUCUGUCUGUGUCACAGCAGCAGCAAGUGGGACAGGGCUGGUUCCAGGUUGCUUUGACGCUCUGUGCGGUGAUUGUGCUUGGGGCAGCGGCGGUUGAUGCUUCGCGCACGAUCGUGCCCUUUGACUUUGCCUGGCGCCACUAUCUCGGCCCCAUUGGCACGAGCGCCACCUGCUCUCAAAAUGCGUUCCCUUACAACAAGAGUGACAUUCAUUGCAUCGGCCUGACGGCUAAUGCUGAGAUCCCAAUUGCGCUACCUGGCAGUGGCUUGAGUGAGUUUUCCAAACCUCCUAGGCGUCACCUUUUGUGUGACCACUCCUCCCUCGCUUCCAAUGAGCGAUCUGACCGGCCGGAUGUGCAUCUUUGUGCUGGCGUGCUGCGCGCUGUCUCAUCCUCGCACAGCCCUGCAGUGGCCACGGGUGCCGGAUGCUGGACUGGUCAAGAAGAGUAUUGUCGACCGAGCAGCACUGGCUGGAUGGGGCAAGGUCGCAACGUCAGCGGGAGCGUCACCGUGCCAACUGCCGGAGCCAACGUGUCUUUGGACGACAGCGCAUGGCGCGUGGUGGAUCUGCCGCACGAUUUUGUCAUCGAAGGAGCCUACAACCCCAAUGACCCCGCAGGAGGGCAUUCCUAUUUGCCGCGCAACGUGUCAUGGUAUCGCAAGCACUUUUUUAUCCCCGCAGAUUGGCAAAGCAGCGCCAUAUGGAUCUAUUUUGAAGGCAUUUUUCGAAUUUCUGGCGUGUUUCUCAACGGCCAGCUUCUACAUGUCCAUGAUUGCGGCUAUACCUCCUUUGCCGUUCGGCUUGACAACAUCAGCAGUUUGCGCUACGGCAAUACAACUGCCCCAAACCUGCUGGCCGUCUACGUUGACGGCACCACAGGCAGCGGCUGGUUCGUGGCCGUGAUGAUAUCUUUCCUCAAUCAACGUCAAUUCCGCAUGUGGCAGCCCACGCAAUAUGGGCUGGCCCGUGUCGAGAUUCGUGGCACUGUAGACCUGGCCAAUGCCCAACUAUGGAGCGUUGCCCGACCCUGGCUGUACACGCUGGUCGUAACGGUCGUGGUAAAUGAUGAACCCGUGGAUGCCAUCAACGUGACCGUGGGCAUGCGUUCAACAACCUGGACAGCCAGCCAGGGUUUGUUCCUCAACGAUGCACACGUCAAGUCUCGAGGGUUUUGCAACCACAAUGACUUUGAGGGUGUCGGCACGGCCGUGUUGGAUCGUAUCAAUUUAUUUCGCGCUCAAGCUGUGCGCGGCCUGGGCGGGAACAGCUGGCGCAUGAGCCACAACCCCCCUGCUCCUGCUUUGCUCGACAUCUUGGAUCGAUUGGGGGUCAUGGUCAUGGAUGAAAACCGGCUGUUUUCGAACAGCUCCAUUUAUGUGGCCAACAUGGGCGACCUUGUGCGUCGCGAUCGCAACCACGCUUCAGUGAUCAUCUGGUCCUUCUGUAACGAGGUUGGCUGUGAGGGUGACUUGGAGACUGGCGGUCCUGGUUUUCGCAACAUCACCUAUUAUUACGAUGGAUCGCGAGCCGUGUUGGCCAACAUGUUUACGUUUGGCGAUCUUUUGUCCAAUUUGCUCGAUGUUCAGGGGUUUUCCCAUCAAGACUACGGAAAGUUUGAUCAGUUGCACACCCAGUUUCCCAAUCGACCAUCCUAUGCCUCCGAAUGCUGCAGCUGCACAACUAUGCGUGGUGAACUGGUUGAAAACGACACCAUUGCCACACUGUCCAACUUCAAUGCACCCUGCGUGUCCUCACAGACCAACUGGACAGAAGCGCCCGACUGGAUCGUGGGCCAAAUGGUCUGGACUGCUCUCGACUAUUACGGCGAGCCAGCAGACAACGGUUGGCCCCACAAAAGCAGCUCCUUUGGCUCUUAUGAUUUGAGUGGUAAGCACCCUCCCGAUCUCACCCGUUGGUGGCUUGGCAAUAUCUCAGAGUCCUCGGCCGAUCGGCCGCCCGUGGGCGCAUCGAACCAGACGUUUGAUUUUACAAACGGCCAGCUGCGCAAUCGAGAUACGGGCUUGUGCAUCGGUGGCACAUGUGACAACAGCUCGGGUUGUUACCCGCUACCUUUGCGUGUGUGCACCGAGAAUGACCUCUUCAGCUACAAUGCCACGACCAAGAUGUUUGUGGCACGAAGCAAUGGCAAGUGCCUCGAUGUCUACGAUCAAACAGGACCAAACGUUGGACUCUGGAGCUGUUCCGAUGCCAGCAAUCAACAAUGGACACUCAACUCAUCUUCAGGCCAAAUCUUGUCACUUCAAGCUGGCAACUGCCUUAGUGAUCAGGCUGAAACACACGUCUUCAAUGUGUACGCCAACACCGAAAAGGUGGCCGUCUACGUCGACGGCAAUUUCACUGAGACGAUUGACAUACCGUUCUAUGGCUUUGGCUCGGUGUCGGCGGCUGUGAGUCACAACCUGACCGUGGUAGCUCUCGACAAGGCUGGCCAAGGUGUUGCCUCGUACUCGCGCCUCAAGCCCGGUGCCCCCACGGGCCUGCGAGUGUCCCUUGACGCCCCCAGCCCUGUCACUGGCACUGGCAAGGCCCUUUACGCCGAUGGCCAGGUCGUGCCCACGGCCUCGAACAACGUGACACUUGCUAUCCUAUCGGGACCCGGUCGGGUGCUGGCUGUCGGGAACGGUGAUCCACGUUGCCAUGAACCUAAUCAAGCCACUUGGCGCAGCGCCUUCCACGGCCUGAUGCGUGGCAUUGUGCAAGUGACAACGGUUGCUGUGGGCGAUCGCGAUCUACUUGAGUUUGUUGACGUGGACAGCAACCGACGCACCCGGGUGAUACCCAUGUCUGCACCGUCUAGUCAGCCACCGAUUGUGGUACAAGCCUGUGCGCAAGGCUUGGCUUGUGCGACUGUCAACAUUCCCGUGAGCGUGGACCCCAGCGACUCGGUGCUCAAUGCAGCAGCGAGCAGCACACGCCAAGCCUAUCUUUUGUAA